AUGGUGGGCAGGUUCGCCAGUCAUUUCAUGAUUUGUUUGGGUUCAAACCUCGGACGGGAGUAUGUGUUGACCAGCAGUUUCUUCGAGGUGAUAUCUCUACCUGAAAGCAGAAGCAGAAGCACAACAAUGCAUAUGCCUUCGAGGCCUUUCUUCUGCCUUUUAGCAAAGCCCUUUUGGAUACGUUUCCUGGCUGAUGAUAUGCUUUCCCUGCUGGCCAGCGCUAGCACGGAACAAGUCGAGGCAGCUCAAGACGUGACAGUCGUGGCUACGACACUCCUGCUGUUGGCAGGACAGCAAGGUGGAUGA